AUGGAAGAUGUAGGACCAAGGACAGUAGUAGCGGCAGCCACGGCAGCAGAAAAUCCUACGAUCCCUUCAAGUACCUAUAACCACACGACUCUUCCGAGCAACACUUAUUCUUCCGAUCAAUCUCGUGAUCCAUCGCUUUCUAGCCGCCCUUCUUUACCUUGGACCCCUUAUUCUGAAUCUUCCAUUGGGCUAGACAAGGACUCGAUCGAUGAUCAUCAUUCACGAUUCUCGCAUGUGCACACCCCGGAAUCCUCCUAUGGGACAAGGCCACCAUCAGUCAACGAGGAAGCCAUGCGCUAUCAUCGAAGACGGCAGGGAAGGCUUAGAAUCCCUGAAGAGAGGUUUAACCCAAGCGACCGCUACAGACGUUCUCAUCGUGGACGCCGUGGUCGCCAUGCUCACUCUAGCCAUCGUCAACCGCAGCGCAACGAAAGACGUAGUAGUGCAAAUACAGGGUGUCUACGAUCUUCCAAGCAUAUAGAAAACCCAGUCGACAUAGUCCUAGAACCUCAGCCAGACAAAACCAAGGUUGCAGGUGACAAAUUGACCAAGAAAACUGGGAGCAACGGCACGACUUGGGGACGUAUCAGUCAAGGCUUGGGGCUCGGGAAAUCCAAAAAGAACGAACAGCCGGAAGAACAACCACCUGUUGAAGCUGAAGAUGUACCGAAGAAAAAGAGCAAGUGGAAGUUCUGGGCCAAGCAGCUACCUGGUGACGAUGCUGAGGCUAGUAAUGCUCCAAAGACGUCGAAACCCAACGACGAACCUAUGUUCUCAGUCACCUCAGAUUCAAGGCCAAGCUUACUCGAAGCGCAUGAGGAAGCUCCUACUUCUGUUCACCUACAUACUGUAAUGAGACGAGUAUCCAGAGGGGAGUGA